CAGUUCUCAUCUCGAGUAUGUCCAACCAAAAAGUAUUGCUCGUUGCCCUGCUUUGCCUGAUGGUGACAGUGGCCUGGAGUCUGCCCAGUCAGACUCUAAAUAUGACGGAAACAGCGACGUCGAAAAGGCAGCUUAUCAAGGAUUUUGUGGCCAAGGUUCAGGAACUGAUAAUCUUAUUAGUUAAACAGUUGCAGGAACUUUCAGCCAAAAAAUAGGAUUAAUAUCAAUCAGUGUACAAUAAAAUAGAAAAGAGUGUGUUGCCAAUUAAUAAACAUGUUUUCACAUUAAAUAAAUAAUAUUUACACGAUUUAAGAUUCUUUGUGAAUAAAAUUUUCCGACAACAAUAAAUAUAAAUAAUAUUUGUACUUAAUCAUCUCUCA